CUUCGAGUGAACGGCUGAAGGCCACCCUGUUGAGGCAAGCUUCAGAGACUGGGUCUUUGUUGAGCAGCGGAGCAGAGCACGAUACAAAGCGAUGGUACGAGGAGAGGACAUAGGUAAGAGUUGAAUGGUGCACUAGGCGACGUCGAACGCGCUCCCACAUUCCUUCAUAAGCGAGUCGCUCCACUCUCACUUCGGCGCAGUCGUUCAAAUUCAGGCAAAGGACAGUCGCUCGAGACUGGUGCGCCCCGGCUCAGCAGCGGUGUCAACGCCGUGCUAUGCUGGCAGUCCGCAGCUACGUCCGGAGGAUGCGGGGUGUCGCAGAAGCAUGUGCCUCGAGCGCUUCCGACGUAUCUCGAAAGAACGCGGCGGCCAAUGUGUCGAAUGCGUGUCACCCACCGUCGCCACGCCCGAAAGGCCGGCGGGACCCAAUUCAAAAACGCGGAGGCGACCGCAGCGCAGGCGCAGGAGCACACUCUCGAGAGCACGCGGGCGUUGACAGCGGCAAGAACAUGGAGUAACGGCCACGAAAAGAGGCGACGCUUCGCAGUUCGCACCACGCUGAAGCUCACCAGCGUGCGCAGGCCCAGCCAGGAUUGUGCAACGACGAGAUGCCGUGGUCGCCACCAGGCCCGGCCAACCCGCCGAAGUGGAUGUUGGCUCACGCAGGCAUGCCGCAUCGGACGGCCGACCCUUGCUCUUCUCAGAUGAUCCACGUCCUUGGCGUGGGGGUCCGCAGCGCCCUUGCCCGUCACCCGUGUCGUCUACGGCGGUAGCACAAAUCCCGGGCGGGACACGCCCAUAUAGCCUGUAUUGAGCGCGGCCGGGCAUAGACCCUCGUCGUCAUUGUCGC